CAUUUUGUUUUGACUGCAACUCAUUGUCCUUUAUUGUUGAAAGUCAGGAGCUGGAAGGCGGAGUCAAAUUGUGCGUGAUUCGUGAAUUGUGAGCCAGCGGCAGACACUGCAAAAAUUGAGAAAAUCAAAAAAAAAUCCACACAAACAAAAACUAAAAUGGAGCAGAAACUAAGCAAAGUUAGUAAGGAAAAGCCAAUACACAAGGAAGUGCUAAAUCCUGGCAACAAAUACAUCGAACUAAUCCCAGGAACCAGAGUGAAAUUCCAUUUUCAAACGCGUCGAGCAAACGAUAUCCGAAUCGUGGACGACAGCAGGAAAAUUGACAAGCCCAUGGAGCUUGUUCUGGGCAAGAAAUUCAAACUAGAAGUCUGGGAGGUCAUCGUGCAAAAAAUGUCCCUCAACGAAGUGGCCAAAUUCACAGUUAACAAAUCGUUCUGUGCUCAAUAUCCGUUCAUAUCGAAAACGCUGCGUGAUAUUGGCAAGAAACCGGAGGAGCGUCGUCACUGCUGCGGCAUGACCCUACAGAACGAAGGUAUGGGCUAUGAGGAUCUGGACGAGCUACUUCAGCAUCCCGUCGAUUUGGAGUUCAUCAUUGAAUUAAUCUCAAUAGAGCUGCCCGAGGAGUAUGAGAAGGAGCGCUGGCAAAUGAGCGACGAUGAGAAAAUGCUGGCAACCCAUACGCUGAAGGAGCGUGGCAAUCGUCAUUAUAAGGCGCUCGAAUAUGCCGCCGCAGAGAUUUGCUAUCGCGAUGCUGUCGGCAUGGUCGAGCAGCUGAUGCUCAAGGAGAAGCCGCACGAUGCCGAGUGGCUGGAGUUGGCUGCAAUUAAGACGCCGCUGCUGUUGAACUAUGCCCAAUGCCGUCUGAUUGCCGGUGACUAUUAUGCCGUAAUUGAGCACUGUAACGAGGUACUCAACCUUGAUCCGCACAAUGUGAAGGCGCUAUUUCGGCGCGCCAAGGCCCAUGCUGGCGCCUGGAAUCCGAGGCAGGCCCGUUGCGAUUUUGUCGAUGCACUUGAAUUGGAUAAAACGCUCAAGUCGACGGUGGCCCGGGAACUGAAGUCCAUCGAUGAACAGGAGCAACAGCGCAACAUUCAGGAUCGCAUCAACAUGCAGAAGCUCUUCUAGAAUAUAAGUUGCGCUAACGUACUGCUCAUGCUCCUUGUUUAUUGGAGCUGCUAUACGCAGCGUUAACAGUUAGCCCUCACAUUUAUCAUACGGCUGAUGAGUAGCUAUCCCUUCCAAUUGGCCAAACACUUUGUAAUUGUGCUCUCGUCGAUUUUCAAUCUCUACCAUUGCUCCAUGGCCUUAUACAAGACGGUACGCCUGGAGAUCCGACGACGACGAAGACGAGGACGACGGCGACGGCGACGAGAAGGAAGCGAACGAUUGCGUGCGUUCCUUCGACGCAAACGUGGCAAAUGAAUUUGAAGCACUCGUAUCUCUCGCUCGCUCUGUCUCUUUCGCACAUUACCUAUCUAUCUCUCCCUCUCUCGCUCUCUCUGUCUUUCUCUUUCUCUGUCUGUUUCAUUUGGGACUUUCAUGCAAAACGGUUUCAACAAAAAACAGAAACCAUUAAUAUGCCUCGCAGAGGCGACUCAACUAACUAUUUUUAAUGAACGUAUUUGUUAAAUGUAUAUGUGUGUGUAUAUAAUAUAAGUAAAGGUGUUCUUGCACUGCAAAACGCCAACAAAAAAUUGUAAUUAAUGUUGAUAAAAAAAAAAGAAAAACAAAAAACAAAACCAAAAUGAUAUGCAUGCGAAAUUUAUAAUUGUUUUUUUUAGUAAAUGUGUACUAGUCGUAGUUCGAUAUGUAGACUGCUAAUCUCUAGCUAACUAAUUAUGGAAUAAAUAGUAUGGCUAGUUGUUGUCUCGA